AUGUCCAAAUCAACCCUCGACCUCAACAACCUCACCCCGUCCCAGAAAUCUAUCGCCCUCUCAAGCCUCCGCUCCCUCCUCACCUCCCAGCCUCCCUCCCCAGCAACAACCUACGACGACCCCACCCUCCUCCGCUUCCUCAUCGCCCGGCAGAUGAACGCACCAAAAGCGUUGCAGAUGAUCAAUGAGUAUGUGGACUGGCGGGAAAAGGAGGGGAUUGAUCAGUUAGCUGUGCCGGGGGUGAGGGGGGAGCCGGUGAUGAACGGUGUGAGGGGGUUUGAGGGUGUGGGAGAUGCGGAUUGGGAGGUGGGGAACGUGCCGGAGGAGUGGAGGGGGUGGUAUGGGUCGUUAGGUAGGUCGCAAAGGGAGUCGAUGAUGGGAGACGGCGAGAAUCUAACAGCGGGACAACCAGGUGGCGGAUGUUUCCACAAGACGGAUAAGGAGGGCCAACCCGUCUUCAUCGAGCGCACAGGCUAUCACGACGUGAAAUCCCUCGCCACCAAAUGCCCCCAAUCCCAGAUGCUCGACUGGCACGUCCGCAACACCGAGAUGCUGUUCAACGUCCUGAUGCCGGAAUGCAGCGCCAAGAGCGGGAGACUGAUUGAGAAACAUACCGUGAUCUUCGAUUGCGCGAAUAGUGGAAUGUGGCAGUUUAGUAUGAAGGGGAUGCAGUUGUUGAAGAGCGUGUCGGAGCUGGAUUCGAAGGUGUAUCCGGAACGACUGGGGAGAUUGUUUAUUGUUAAUACGCCUGGAAUGUUCACCCGAACCUGGAGCAUCGUGAAGCGAUGGCUAGAUAAACGCAUCCUAGAGAAAAUCUUCAUCCUCGACUCCAACUACCAAGCAACGCUGCUCGAGUACAUCGACGCUGCCAACCUCCCGGAAUUCCUGGGUGGCACAUGUAAAUGCAGUCAUAUGCCUAAUGGGAAAGCAGAAAAGCGUAGGGAUAUAGUACAGUCAGAGUGGACGUAG